AUGUAAUUAAUCUUCCGUCUUACUUUGGUUUUUAAAGACAUUAAUAUAAAUUCUGAGCAGCUCAAAUGCUUUAUACUGGUGGAAAGUAUCAGACAAAUAUAAAAAAUGUAAUGUAAUGACCUAUAUAAACUAAUGAAAUUAUCAGACAAAAAAAGAAAAACAAAUAUUUGAUUGAAUUUUUGAAUUGAAAGUCACAUAACGUAAUCAGGUAACAAAAGUUCCAUUUGUGACCUGCAGAGGGAGACAACACCUGUGCAGUGCCGGCCUGAGACACAUGCUUUUUAACAGCUCUCCAGUUGAAUCAAGAGACAAUUACUGAGGUGGCGUUAAACACAAGUGCUCCCUCUGCAAAUGACAACACUUUAGCACCGCGUCAAGAGCGAAUCAAGUUUAAUCAAGUACACAUGAGACUCAAAACUUAAACCUCAGCACUCUACAGACGCCAUUUUGUCAAAGUAAAUGACGAUUCAACAGAAGAAAAGAACGUUUUCCUGUUUGUUUGUUUGUUUGUUUUAUUGCGUUGUAUUUUAUAUAUUGCUGCUGACGAAGACCAAACAUUCUGGAAAGUCAUAGAAGGACAUGUAAGAGCUGUCACUAAAUACAAAGAAUGGCGUGCCGUUUACCAGGACGCAAAUACGUCAGAGUUGGGAUGAAUGAUCUCACAUCCGUCAAAUUGAAUCUUUCUGGUUGAAAAAACGAUGGUGAAUGGGGAAUACAGAGCAAAGCAUCCUGGGAUAUGUGGUUGUAUAUCGAAUACAAGUUUAUUCCGUGGACAAAAGUUUCCAAAAGUACAACAAUAAAGGAAACUUCACAGCUGCUCCCACGGUGAUUCACAUCACGAGUGUGCCGGUGCUGGACUGAGCUCAGGGAUGUGAGUGCAGCAGUAAAGAUGACCCUGUUGGCGGGUGAUGGCUCCGACUACGACUACAGCGCCCUCAGCUGUUCCUCUGACACCUCCCUCAACCGACCCCCCCUCCAAGAGGAAGAGGCCCAGAAGGGAGCUUUCUACAAGAGGGCUCAGCCCGUUCCUGAGACCAGGAGUGGCCACGAUGCCGCCCCGUUGUCCAGCAGCCGUAAACUCCACGCCAUCAUUAACGUGGGUGGCCUUCGGUACCAGCUGCCUUGGACCACCUUAGAGGACUUCCCCCUGUCCCGUCUGGGGCAGCUGCACCUCUGCAGCAGCUUUGACGAGAUCAUGAGCAUCUGUGACGACUACGAUGUCGCCCACAACGAGUACUUCUUCGACCGCAGCCCCUGUGCCUUUAGGACCAUCUUGACCUUCCUGCGAGCCGGCAAGCUGCGGUCCCUCAGGGAGAUGUGCGCCCUCUCUUUUAGAGAAGAGCUGCUGUACUGGGGCGUCCCCGAGGAGAACCUGGAGUGGUGCUGCCGCCGGCGUCUGCUGCAGUGUGUGGAGGAGUUUGAAGCCAUGGAGAGAGCCGAGGAGGAGGAGGAGGAACUCCUGGAGGACCUGAUGGACUCGGAGAGUGGAGACAGGGAGCAGGUAGCGGAGUCCAGGGUCAGUAGAUGUAUGGGCAAACUGAGAGACAUGGUGGAGAGGCCUCACUCCGGUCUGCCGGGGAAGAUCUUUGCCUGUUUGUCGGUGCUGUUUGUCACAAUCACCGCCAUCAACCUCUCCAUCAGCACCAUGCCGGCCAUGAGAGAGGAGGAGGAGGCGGGCACGUGCUCACAGAUGUGCUACAACAUCUUCAUCGUGGAGACCGUGUGCGUGGCCUGGUUCUCCCUGGAGUUCACCUUGCGUUUCAUCCAGGAUCGCAGGAAGCUGGUUUUCCUCCGGCAGCCCCUGAACCUGAUAGACGUGGUGGCCAUCCUGCCCUACUACAUCACCCUCAUGGUGGACAGCACCUCCAAGGGGGAGAAACGGCUGGGUUCUGGCAGCAGCUACUUGGACAAAGUGGGCUUGGUGCUACGUGUCCUGCGGGCCCUGCGUAUCCUCUAUGUGAUGCGACUGGCCCGCCAUUCCCUGGGCCUGAGGACUCUGGGCCUGACGGCUCGACGCUGCACCCGGGAGUUUGGACUGCUCCUCCUGUUUCUGUGCGUGGCCAUAGCACUUUACUCCCCGUUACUGUACUUGAUUGAAAACGAAAUGGCCGCCACGCAGGAGUUCACCAGUAUCCCCGCCACAUACUGGUGGGCCGUGAUCACCAUGACAACGGUGGGCUACGGGGACAUGGUGCCGAGGAGCAUCCCGGGGCAGGUGGUGGCUCUGAGCAGCAUCCUGAGUGGGAUCCUGCUCAUGGCCUUCCCAGUUACCUCCAUCUUCCACACCUUCUCUCGCUCAUAUGUGGAGCUGAAGCAGGAGCAGCAGAGGCUGCUGCAGAGGAGAACGCACUUCCUGCUGCGCAGCCGCAUGGCCGGCCUGGGCAGCAACCUGUCGCUGGAGAGCGACAUGCUCUUCCCUAUAGGUUCAUCUGACCCCAGAGACUUGGAUGACUGAGACACAAGUACAGACAGUGUACAGGAAAUGGUCGUAGCCAUGUCAUGUAGUCAACCUGACCACUCUGGUGGCCCACAUUGGGUAACCAGGUAUCCUGAAUGUGGGCCACAUCUUAUUCCAACACCAUGGGCUACACCCUGACAACAAUCUUAGCCUUGAAGAAAAGGAAUAACUUUUGUUAAAGUUUGUGACCCAGGUUUGAAGAUACACAAUGUGGGCCACUGGAAACCAGGUAUAUGGGCCAUAACACAGAUUUUUAAAACACAGUAUGAUCAUUUUUUUUGCUACACCUGUCAGCUUCACAGUGUGUUCCCACCAAUCAUCAGUUUCCUACUAAUAAUUAUUAUUCUCUCUGAAGAUCUCAGUGAUUGAGCUCAUUAACUCUAAAGGAAAAUGCACAUUGAUGAAACUAAACUACUGUCAGAGGAUGGAUUAUUCUCCAUAUGGACAGAUCGCAGAGC